CUGGAGUAUCCAGCAUUCCCUCUCCCCACAUCACUAUCACUCCUUCGACGCCCCUUCUUCCUCCCCGUUCUCCCCCCUUUCACACUUGUCACGAUGGAAUCUGAACGAACAUAUGGCUUGACGCCACCUAUCUCCACGGCGCUCCCGACUGAGUCGGAGAAACAGUUGAACGAGGCCCUGUUGCAAGAACUUCAUGACCAAGACACUUUCGAGAGCGCGGCUGAGACUCAGAAACGACACCAGGUACUUACGUCCCUUCAAAAGAUAACCGAUGCAUUCGUGAAGAAGGUUGCGAUGGAGAAGGAGCCAAACAACCCCGUCCUGAUCCGGGAUGCCCGCGGCAAGAUCUUUACCUAUGGCAGUUUUCGCCUGGGUGUUUUUGGUCCGGGAUCCGAUAUCGACACGCUUGUCGUUGCCCCCCGCUACGUCACACGCGUUGAUUACUUCAAGUACUUCCCAGAUCUGCUUCACGAGAUGGCCCCGCCUGGCUCCAUCGAAGACAUGGCUGUGGUCACCGAUGCGUUUGUGCCCAUCAUAAAAUUUGAAUAUUCCGGCAUCAGCAUUGAUCUGAUCUUCUCGAGAAUUGCCACCCUGAAGCAGCUCCCCUCGGACCCGAAAUGGAAUCUGAAGGACAAUAAUCUGCUGCGAGGUCUGGACGAAGCUGAACUUCGCUCAUUAAACGGCACGCGAGUCACGGACGACAUCAUCAACUUGGUCCCUGAACCGACCACCUUCCGUCUGGCCUUGCGAGCAAUCAAGUUGUGGGCUCAGCGGAGGGCUAUAUACGCCAACAUCAUGGGGUUCCCGGGUGGCGUGGCUUGGGCCAUGCUUGUUGCCCGCGUCUGCCAGCUCUACCCCAAGGCUGCUGGCGCCAUCAUCGUCAACAAAUUCUUCCACCUCAUGCGUCGGUGGCCAUGGCCACAACCGGUUCUGCUCAAGAACGUCGAUGAGGGCCCCCUACAGGUCCGAGUGUGGAAUCCGAAACUCUACAAAGGCGACCAAUAUCACUUAAUGCCGAUUAUCACACCAGCAUACCCUUCCAUGUGUGCCACGUUCAACAUCACGCGGUCAGCCAUGUCAAUAAUUAAGCAGGAGCUGGAUAAUGGUGCCCGUGUGACAGAUGAGAUCAUGGUCGGUAAGACACCAUGGAAGGAUCUCUUCGUGAAGCACACAUUCUUCACCAACGACUUCAAAUAUUACCUGUCGGUCACUUGUGCAAGCAAGACCAAGGAGGCGCACAAGGUAUGGUCUGGAUUCGUGGAGUCCAAAGUCCGAGUCCUGGUUCAAAGCCUCGAGCGACACCAAUCUAUCGGCCUCGCUCGUCCGUUCAACAAAGGCUACGACCGGGUUCAUUUUUGCAAGGACGAUGCAGAGGUUGAGCAAGUCCAAAAUGGCAGCUUGGCAUUCUUGGCAAAGGAGACGAAAGCAGCGGAUCCGAAAGUCAAGACGGAAGACCAGAUAGUCCAAGUCAAGGCCGAGCCGACUGAUGAGAAUGGAGCAGAAGACGAGAAGGUCACGGCCAAAGAUAGUCAGACCCACAAGGACGGAGAAGGCACAGAUGUGUACACGACCAACCAUUAUAUCGGCCUCGUGCUGUCCGAAGGCGCCAAAUCCCUCGACUUGACUUUCCAAGUCAACGAAUUCAAAGAGCUAGUCACGGGCUGGGACAAAUACGAUCGGGACCUGAACAGCCUGAGCAUCCAACAUGUCCGCAACAUUGCUCUUCCCGAUGAUGUGUUCGCGCCCGGAGAGGUCAAGCCAACUAAGCCGGUCAAGAGAAAGGCUCAGAUGCCGAACGGUUCCCUCGCGAUGAAGAAGCGCGGAGCCCCAGAUGAACAUUCCAAUCCACCCAAGCGACAGCAAACUUCGGUCACAGCCGCCGCCGCCGGCUGAAAGGACUGCUUCGCAAAGACGGAAACUCAGCCGGCAACCUGCCCGCUCCAUCACGUCACU